AGCUCAGGGAUCGAAAAUGGCCACCGUUCGAGGCAGCACAACAGGUGACGUCACGUGAAAACAACCCAUAGAGCUCGUGCACCUACGUCACCGAAAUCACAUAUGAAAUUGGAGUGUAAAUUCGCUUCCGCUUGUCUUGGACAACUGGAUAUACACAUGUAUCUGGGUGGAAAGUGGUGUGAUCGCUGUGUGAAAAUGUGUGCAAGAAGUAGGGCAGAGUACGAAAAGGAACUUUCAGGCCCAAAAGAAGAGAAGAAGCCACAACGUCAACUACUGGACGCUGUGUUCAAUCUGCAGCCUCAAAUUGUGCUAUGCAGAGCAGGUGAUGUGGUUCUGUUGGCUUCAUCAGACCGUGAUCUCCAACGCUUACUGGAGCAGUUUGCAGCCGAGUGUGAAGUGGCAGGGAUGAGAAUGAGCACCUCCAAAUCAAAGACCAUGGUCCUCAGUUGGAAAAGGUUGGCGUGCCCUAUCCGGGUCAGGGACGAGACCAUGUCCCAAGUGGAGGAGUUCAAGUAUUUUGGGACAUCACUGAAAAUCUUCGGACUAAGUGGCAGGAAACAGAGCCCUCUCAUAUUAAAGAGGAAAUGGAGGAUGAGGAAGUGCACCACAUUAAAGAAGAAGAGGAGAUGAUUUUUAUUAAAAAUAAGGCGGAAGAAGUGCAACACCACAUCAAACAGGAAGAGGAGGAUAUCACCAAGUUUCCAAUGACUUGUGUCUCUUUGAAGAGUGAAGAUGAAGGUCAAAGUGAGGAGAGCAGAGGGUCGGAGCCUCCAAGCAGCAGCUCAAGUCAACACAUGACAACAGAAGGUGAUGGAGACUACAAUGGAGACUCACACCCAGCAAUCUCUUUAGAGGAAAAAGAACAGCAGGAGGAAGAGCACGUCCGAGAAGUAAGGCACCAUGUGACACCCCCUGGAGACCCUAAACACCAUGAAAACCCCAGUGAUGGCGGUCCGACAAAGAGACAAAAGAAGCAGAGAAAGGAUUGCAGGAUCCUGGACCGGGCUGUUGAGGAUAGUUUGGUGGAGUUUUUCCGCCAAAACGAACUGCUGUGGAACUCACUGAAGACAGAUUACAGGAACAAGGCGAAGAGGCAACGGAUACUCGAGACCAAAGCCACAGAACUACAGAUCAGUGUGGACCACUUGUGGACCUGGUUCAAGUCCCUCAGGGACAUGUUCACAAAGAUGGACAAGAAGAAGAGUGAGGAUGGCCAGAAACAGUUGACGGAAAGGGAGACAUGGAUAAAAGAGAAAUUUGGAUUUUUCCACCAAGCUAUCAACCACCGCUCGAAGCCCGUCAAGAGUUUGAAGGCAAUCAUAGCCGAAAGUCAGGGCGACCUGGAUAAGGCUGAGUGGGCCGCGGCGGAGGAGAGGGUUGAAGUUGACGAGUUUGAUGACAACGUCACAGAACGUCAACCCACCCAAGCCUUGUCUGUUUCCUCCGACAUUGCGACCCUCCAGAGGCAGUCCAAGGAGAGCGGCGACAUUCUGACGAUGCUGCGUGAUCAACUCCCGCCUCCUGAGCCAGUCACCGAAAGGACCACCUACGCCGCCUACGUCAAAAGUGUGCUGUUGGGGCUGAAUUCAAAGGACUUUCGCCGGGCCCGAAAAGGCAUCAACAAGGUCCUGAAGCCUUUCUGCGAGUCGGAGUCAAGUGACGAAGACAGUGAGAACCGGUCCAAUAGAGCCCCCUCCAGACAGGACUCGAUUCAGUCAUUUUUCACUGGUGACACACCCUCGUCGCAACCCCGCUCGAGCAAGAAGCUGUUCCAGUGUCAGCACGAGUGCCAGUCACAGCAAAGAAGUUGGCAGCCACCUCCCAGUGAGUGGGGAACACCAACCCCCCAAGCCGUUUCAGUGUUCAACUCCGUGGACUCUGCCUACAUGCCCACAAUUCAAGACCAGCAGGGCUGUGAGUCACAUUAUCGGAAAUACUGACUAUACUACGAUAUUUUGAAUACCAAGUGAAAGGCAAUUGUUAAUUUCCUAUUAUUAUUUUUUAAAUGCAGUUGAAGGUGAUCUAGGUUAAAACUCAGGGGUGCUGGAUGAGGCCGAGCAUUUGUAUUAAAAUGUAAUUAUGAUUAUCAUUUCCUUUAAUUGUUUUAUAUCAUGUUUAUUUGCUAUUAUUUCUGUGAUUUAGGAAAUAACAGGUGUUAUACGGGUGAUUCAUUUUU